CUGGGACCAGAAAGCAGAAAGCCCUCAUGUCCUGUCUGGCAUGUCUGGCCUCUUACUGUGAGACUCACCUCCAACCUCACUAUGAAUCUCCUGCUUUCAAGAAGCACAAGCUGGUCAAAGCCACCGCACAACUACAGGAGAAGAUCUGCUCUCAUCAUGACAAACUGCUGGAGGUUUACUGUCGUACCGAUCAGCAGUGUAUCUGUCUGCUGUGUACAAUGGAUGAACAUAAAGGCCAUGAUACAGUGUCAGCUGCAGCAGAGAGGACUGAGAAACAGAGGCAGCUGGGGAUGAGUCAGCAGAAGGUCCAGCAGAGAUUCCAGGAGAGAGAGAAGGAGCUGAAGGAGCUCCAACAGGCUGUGGAGUCUAUCAAGCGCUCUGCACAGUCAGCAGUGGAGGACAGUGAUCAGAUCUUUACUGAGCUGAUCCGCUCCAUUGAGAGAAGGAGCUCUGAGGUGAAGGAGCUGAUCAGAGCCCAAGAGAAGGCUCAAGUGAGUCAAGCUGAAGGACUCCUGGAGCAACUGAAGCAGGAGAUAGCUGAGCUGAGGAAGAGAAGCACUGAGCUGGAGCAGCUCUCACACACAGAGGAUCACAUCCAUUUCCUCCAGAGUUAUCAGUCUCUCUCCAGUAUCAGUGUAUCUUCAGACUUACCCAGCAUCGUUGUCCGUCCUCUUCAGUACUUUGGAGAUGUGAGUAAGUCUGUGUCUGAACUGAGAGAGAAACUAGAAGACUUCCUCAAAGGAGAAUGCACCAAGAUCUCCACUACAGUGAAUAUAGUGGAUGUUGUACUGCCUCCAGAGCCCAAGACCAGACAACAGUUGUUACAAUAUUCCUGUCAGCUCACACUGGACCCAAACACAGCACACACACUCCUCUCUCUGUCUGAAGGGAACAGAAAGGUGACCUAUACACGCCAAGUCCAACCAUAUCCUGACCAUCCAGACAGAUUCACCAACUACUGUCAGGUUCUGUGUAGAGAGGGUCUGUCUGGACCCUGUUACUGGGAGGUGGAGAGGACUGGUUAUGUUAUUACAGCAGUCUCAUAUAAAGACAUCAGCAGAACAGAGAGAGAUGGUGGAUUUGGAUUCAAUGACAAGUCCUGGAGUUUAAGGUACUGUAGAGGUGGUUAUUGUUUCAGACACAAUAAUGUUGAGACUAAAGUAUCAGGCCCUCAGUCCUCCAGAGUAGGAGUGUACCUGGAUCACAAGGCAGGUACUCUGUCCUUCUACAGUGUCUCUGACACAAUGACCCUCCUCCACAGAGUCCAGACCACAUUCACUCAGCCCCUCUAUCCUGGGUUUUGGCUCUUUAGUAAUGAUGGUACUGCUGAGCUGGUUAAACUGUAGUAGAGUCCACAUAGAUACUAGUCAUGCUGGUGUAGUCUAUAGCUGAGCUGGUUAAACUGUAGUAGGGUCCACAUAGAUACUAGUCAUGCUGGUGUAG